CCCACCAGACAGGCUGAGGAUCCUUCGCUCUCAUUUCUCCUCCUGCUCUCUCAUCUUCUCUCAACGCUCUGAAAACGACGCUAUGAGCCAUCAUUUCUUCAGAUUUGGGGAUGGGAGUUUCAGUUCUUCUUCUGCUCACUGUGGCACACUGGGUGGUAGAAGAAGUUCAUCCAUCGUAAGCCAUUGUGGAGACAAUAGAGGAGAAGAAAGAUACAGUGGUUACGGUUAUGGGUAUGGUUACGGCAGCAGGAGUCUCCACAACCUUAGCGGGUUCAGGAGUGUUCCUACUUAUGGAGGCUAUGGAACAGGAAAUGGAAGGUCCCUGGGAUUUGGUGGCAGGAGACAUCUUGAUAUGAGCUUUGGCAGAAGAGGACAUUUUAUGGGAGGUUUUCCAGGUGGUGAAGCAGGGCUUGGUAGCGUGUCUGGAGGAAGUUCAGGCAGGGAGGUACUUGGAAGAGGCCUUGGUGGAGGUGCCUUUGGUGAGCAAGGGGCUGGGCAGAGUUUAGGGUACACUGGGGUCAGCAGAGGCAUCGAGGAGGUCCACGUCAAUACCAACCUGCUGAGGCCAAUACAAGUGCAAGUUGACCCUGAGUUCCAGCGAGUGCGGUCAGAUGAGAAAGAGCAGAUUAAGGCUCUGAACAACAAAUUUGCGUCAUUCAUCGAUAAGGUUCAAUGUCUUGAGCGGCAGAACCAGGCUCUGAUGGCCAAAUGGGAACUUCUGCAGCAGCAAAGUUCCCGACCAGAAGAGAGCAGAAAUAUCACCUCUUUCUUCCAAUCUUACAUCAACAACCUGCAGAGGCAGCUAGAAACACUCCAGAGCCUGAAGGAGCAGCUGGAUCCGGAAGCGUAUAAUAUGCUUCAGCUUGUUGAAGAUUAUAAAAAGAGGUUCGAGGAUGAGAUCAACAAGCGAGCGUCCAAAGAAGAGGAGUUUGUUGAGCUUAAAAAGGAACUGGACAAUGCCUACAUGGGGAAAAUGGAGUUUGAUGUUCGGGUGGAAAUACUGAAGCAACACCUUGAGUUCCUCAGAUGCUUACAUGAAGCUGAGCUCUCCCAGCUGCAAACAGUAGUUGGCAACACCAAUGUCAUUCUGUCCAUGGACAACAACAGAGAACUGAACAUGGAUGGCAUCAUUGAAGAAGUCAGGCAGGAGUAUGAGACAGUUGCUCAGAGGAGCAAAGCUGAAGUAGAUGCCAUGUAUCAGGGCAGGUACCAGGACCUCCAGGACAUGUGGGUGAAUCAACGUGAGCAACUGAGGAACAGUUAUCAGGAAAUCCAGGAAUAUAUCAGACAGAUCCAAAGACUACAAUCAGAAAUUGAAAUUGCAAAGAAAAAGAAUACCGGCCUCGAAGAAACCAUCAAAGCUGCUGAGCAGCGUGGGAACUCUGCCAUCAAAGAUGGCUUGGAGAAGCUUCACGAGUUGGAAAACGCUCUGCAGCAGGCCAAAGAUGACCUUACUCGCCUUCUUCAUGAUUAUCAGGAGCUUCUGAAUGCGAAAUUGGCCCUGGAUAUUGAAAUUGCCAUGUACAGAUCACUCCUUGAGGAGGAGGAGAACAGGUAG